GAAGCGAAUCAUAUUUGGUUUUAACCAACUGUCAUGGCCGCUCGUGUUGUUCAUGAUAUAGUCUGUAAGCAAGAAAAAUCGAUACCUUUCUUUAUAGUAUAGUGGAUAUGUUUAGGACUUACUGGUAAGGUUUGAGAUAGUAAGACAACGACAACACGACACCACUGCUAACGCGACUGUUUGUGAGCGGACUGACCGGAGUUCUUUCAAAAUGAGGACUGUUUUGAUGGUGGCAGAGAAACCAUCGCUGGCUCAGUCGAUUUCCAAAAUCCUUUCUAAAGGAAAUUGUACAAGUCGCAAGGGACUCAACGGAGCAUGCUCAGUACACGAAUACACUGGUAGCUUCCAAGGCCAAACUGUACGCUUUAAGAUGACUUCUGUUUGUGGACAUGUCAUGAGUCUGGAUUUCAUCGGAAAGUACAAUAACUGGGACAAGGUGGACCCUGCAGAGCUUUUUAGCAAAGCUCCCACAGAAAAGAAGGAGGCCACUCCCAAACUCAACAUGGUGAAAUUCCUCCAGGUUGAAGCCAGAGGCUGUGACUAUGUGGUUUUAUGGCUGGACUGUGAUAAAGAAGGCGAGAACAUCUGUUUUGAGGUAUUAGAUGCCAUCCAACCAGUGAUGAACAAGGGGAGUGUCAGGGAGCGGAGUGUUUACCGUGCAAAAUUCAGCUCCAUUACUGACACUGACAUCUGGAAUGCCAUGAACUGCCUAGGAGAGCCCAACCGCAAUGAAGCCCUGUCAGUAGAUGCACGUCAGGAGCUGGAUCUGCGCAUUGGCUGUGCUUUUACCCGGUUCCAGACCAAGUAUUUUCAGGGCAAAUACGGCAAUCUAGACUCCUCCUUGAUCUCAUUUGGACCAUGCCAGACCCCAACCCUCGGCUUCUGUGUAGAGCGCCAUGACAAGAUCCAGUCCUUCAAACCAGAAACUUACUGGAUCCUCCAGGCAAAGGUGUUCAAAGGAAAAGACAGCCCACUGACACUGGACUGGAACAGAGUGAGGGUCUUCGACAGGGAGGUGGGUCAGAUGUUUGUCAACCUGGCCAAGACAUCCAGGGAGGCCCAGGUGCAGUCAGUGAGUAAAAAAGAGAAGACCAAGCAGAGGCCCCAGGCCUUGAACACAGUGGAGAUGUUGAGAGUGGCCAGCUCUGCCUUAGGCAUGGGUCCUCAGCAUACCAUGCAGAUUGCAGAGCGCCUGUAUACACAAGGCUACAUCAGCUACCCACGCACUGAGACGACCCACUACCCAGAGAACUUCGAUCUGAAAGGAACGCUGAAGCAGCAGACCAACAAUCCCAUAUGGGCAGAUGAGGUGAAGGCUCUGCUUUCAACUGGAUUAAACCGACCCAGGAAAGGAACUGAUGCUGGAGACCAUCCACCUAUCACUCCUAUGCGUGCUGCCUCAGAAGGGGAACUGGGCAGUGAUGGCUGGCGGCUAUACGAAUACAUCACACGACAUUUCAUUGCCACUGUCAGUCAGGACUGCAAGUACCUGCAGACCACUAUAGACUUCAGCAUUGGCACGGAGACUUUCUCAUGUAGUGGCAAAACCCUGAUAUCACCAGGUUACACAGCAGUGAUGCCUUGGCAGGGCAUCCCUCUGGAAGAGUCGCUGCCAGAUUGUGAGUGUGGUGACACUUUCACAGUAGAUGAGAUCAAGCUGGUGGAAAAGCAGACCAGCCCCCCAGACUACCUGACAGAGGCUGAACUCAUCACUCUCAUGGAGAAACAUGGCAUUGGUACUGAUGCCAGCAUCCCUGUCCACAUCAACAACAUCUGCCAGAGGAACUAUGUUACAAUAGAGAAUGGGCGCAAAUUGAAGCCAACCAACCUGGGCAUUGUCCUGGUACAUGGCUACUACAAGAUAGAUGCAGAGCUGGUUCUACCCACCAUACGCAGUGCUGUUGAGAAGCAACUGAACCUUAUUGCACUGGGUAAAGCUAACUACCAACAGGUCCUACAGCAUGCGUUGGAUAUCUUCAAGAGGAAGUUUCAUUAUUUUGUGGAUUCCAUCACCAGCAUGGAUGAGUUAAUGGAGGUCUCCUUUUCCCCCAUUGCUGCCACUGGAAAACCCCUGUCCCGCUGUGGCAAGUGCCACCGCUUCAUGAAGUAUAUCCAGGCCAAGCCCAGCAGGCUCCACUGCUCACACUGUGAUGAGACCUACAGUCUUCCACAGAAUGGAGCCAUCAAGCUCUACAAGGAGCUCCGCUGUCCGCUGGACGACUUUGAGCUUGUGCUGUGGACCUCUGGGGCCCGGGGCAAGAGCUACCCCCUGUGCCCUUACUGCUUUAGCAACCCACCUUUCAGGGACAUGAAAAAAGGUAUGGGAUGCAAUGAAUGUACCCAUCCGUCCUGUCAGCACUCUCUCAACUCUCUGGGCAUUGGACAGUGUGUGGAGUGUGAUAGCGGGGUUUUAGUGCUGGAUCCCACCUCUGGACCAAAAUGGAGGAUGGCCUGUAAUAAAUGCAACGUGGUGGUACACUUCUUCGAACAUGCACACAGAGUGCAGGUUGCUCAGGAGAGUUGUGACGCCUGUGAUGCCUCUCUGGUCGCAGUUGACUUCAACAAGACUCGUACUCCACUUCCUGCUGGCGAGACCCAACACACCGGCUGUGUUUUCUGUGAUCCAAUUUUCCAGGAUCUGGUGGAGCUUAAACAUGCCACCAUGAGGCAUUUCAUGCACCGGGGUGGGGGAGCAAGACGAGGAGGACGGGGACGAGGCAGGGGACGCCGUGGCAACCCUAAAAAACCUAAAGACAAAAUGGCUGCCUUGGCAGCAUACUUUGUAUAGUGUGUCCUGUUAUUUGCUUGACAUGUAGUAUGUAUAUGUAAGUAUAUGGACCUCUGUUUUUACAUAUGUUUAACCACAAAGAAGUAAAAAAAUGCAUUAAAUAAUGCAUAUUUGUUCACUGUCAUAAAAACAAGCUCCUAUUUUGUAAACUCUUUUGUAAAUUGUGGUUUAAUGGAAGAAGCAUGUCCAAAUCAUCUUUGCAAUGCCAUACUUAAGCCAUUUCAAAUAUCUGAGUUUCAAGGUUAAAUUCUAACAUUACUUUCAUAUUUGUUUUUACUGAUUUUCAAACAAUUGCCCCUGCUGCCCCUACCAGAAACAAUUUUAGACACCAAUAUUCAUUCAUUCUAAUACAGAGUUAGUGUCACUGUCAUCUUGCAUCACCUAUCAGUGUGCCAUAAUACCUAAACAAAAGAUUAGAUGGAAAUGAAAGUCCACAUCCAGUACACAAUACCUGACAUAGAACAUGUAAAUACAAAACAAAUCAUCUUCUGUACCAAUGGCCACCAUUAGUAUGAGGAAAAAAUAAAUAAAUAAAUGAAGCAAAAAAACAAAAGAUAAAAAUUACCCCCAUCAGGAAAGUGUGCUCCUUCUGGAAUUUUCCCAAAACUGAAUACAAGAGGGUUUGGGGUGAUUUUAAUAGCCAGUGCUGUGGAAAGGUCCUGCCCAGUAGUAAAAACUGAAAUUUAGAAGAGACAUACCUCUGUCAUUCUUUGACUGUUGUAAAUAGGAGAGAGUCUAAUUAUUGAAGUAAUGACCCAGGUAUAGGCAGACACUGAAACAAAUAUAAAUUGCUAGGGAGCGCUCAAUUCAUCUUCAUUGAAUUUAUACGUCCAAUAAACUACGUGGAUUGAGGAA